AUGAAUUCAUUGAGAGAGAAGCGCGUGAUUUCAUUGUUAAUAAUAUUAAUAUUGUUUUUCGACUUAUGUUUGUGUGAAACGACACGAAAACCGAAACGUCGUCGACCUAACCGACCCAAGAGUCGCAAGAAGACCGACGAACCGCCGCGUAUCAGAUGUUACACGUGUUAUGUAGACUUCAGAAGCACGCGUUUUACUGACAAAAAUCAUUGCUAUAAUCCAUAUCUCAAUACAUCCCUAACCGAUACCUUUCAAUUGACCCAAUGUUCACAAUAUGCUAAGUAUUGUACGGUUGAUAUCAUGAGAAUUAAUAGCGUUAUAGCAGUCAUUGAUCGGCGCUGUGGUGUCUCAACGUGUCGUAACAUUUGUAUUAAUAAAGGCUAUGGAGUCGAGUUCGAGACCUGUUCUUACUGUUGUCCCGGAAAACUAACCGAAGAAGACGAUGACUACGAUCCCGAUGAGUCAGAUAACUACCGGUGCCCUAACAUUGAGCACUAG